AUGACCAUUAAGAACAAUUAUCCGUUACCGAGGAUUGAUGAUCUUUUCGAUCAAUUACAGGGAGCUACAGUGUUUUCUAAGGUUGAUCUGAGGUCUGGGUAUCAUCAGUUGAAGAUUAAAGAACAGGAUGUACCCAAGACAGCGUUUAGGACUCAGUACGAUCAUUAUGAGUUCUUGGUCAUGCCUUUCGGGUUAACUAACGCACCGACAACUUUUAUGGAUCUCAUGAACAGGGUGUUCCACCCUUACUUGGACAAGUUUGUUAUUGUGUUCAUUGAUGACAUCCUAGUUUACUCGAGAGAUAAUGAUGAGCACGCUACCCACUUGCGUAUGUAUUACAGACUUUGCGGGAAAGACAGUUGUAUGCAAAGUUUUUGA